UCACUUCCGCAAUUUAACCAACAUUCAUCAAGAGGUUCGCUAUCAGCAAACUUUGUGAUCAAACUCAGAAUUGAAAAGAGAAUGAAGUUAUUUGAUGUUAAACUUGCAGUAUAUUUUUUAAUUGCUGUCUUAAACAGCAGAGAAAAACUGGUCUACUCCAAUCUUUUACAAGAUAGAUUAAACAAUCGACCGAUCAUCGGUAUAUUAGCGCAAUCAACAGAAGGAGAAAAUUUUCAGAAAUUUGGCUCGUCUUAUAUUUCAGCUUCGUACAUCAAAUAUAUAGAAUCGUCUGGAGCUAGGGUUGUGCCUGUAAGAAAUGAUCUUAAUGAAAACGAAACAGAAGAAUUGUUUCGUUCAAUAAACGGAGUCUUGUUCCCUGGAGGAGGUGUCGAUUUGGUGACAUCAGGAUAUGCAAGGAUUGGAAAGCAGUUUUAUAAUUUGGCAAAAAAAUCCUUUGAUAUUGGUGAUUACUUUCCUAUUUGGGGAUCUUGUUUAGGACAUCAAUUUUUAUCAUUCUUAGCAAGCGAAGACGAAAAUAUUCUGUCAAUGACAAAUUCGGAAAAUUACCCAAUACCUCUCAACUUCACUGCUGAUUAUCGCGAUAGCCGAUUGUUCACGGGUAUUUCUGAGGAGCUAGCAAAGUUUGCGAGCAAUGCCGAUUCCACGAUCAACAUGCAUCGCUAUUCUGUUUUGGUAUCAAAAUUUAAGAAAAGUAAAAAGAUGAAAAAUAUUUUUCGCACUUUGAGCACAAACAACGAUCGAGACGGAAAGGAGUUUGUUUCCACAAUGGAAGGAGUGAAGUAUCCGUUUUACGGCUCUCAAUGGCAUCCUGAGAAAAACUCCUUUGAAUGGACAUUAAAUGAAAACAUUCCACAUCAAGAAAUGUCAAUUAAGCUAACGCAAUACAUGUCUAAUUUCUUCGUUAAUGAAGCACGACAGAGCAUGCAUAGAUUUUCAACACGAGAAAAAGAAGAGGCUUCCCUAAUUUACAACUAUACUCCAACAUUCACAGGAAAUAUUUCAAACUUCGAACAAUGUUAUUUUUUUCAGCAAAAAAGAAAACAGAUAAGAGAUUACUUUGCUUGAAUCAUGAGUUAAAGCAGAAGCUUAGAAAUGUUUACCUGAUGACUUAAAGUAAGAUAUAAAACUUUUGCUAUAACUUUAACAUUUAUAUUUCACAAAACAUGUAUUAUGAUACUACAUUUAUGCUCAAUAAUAAAAAAUGAACAAUGAAUAAUGAACAAUGAA